AUGGGUUGUGGUAUUUUUGGCAUCAAUUGCGGGGAACCUACUAUGAAACCUAGCACCUCGACACCGACCCAAAAAAUAUCACCAACAACGUCAAUGAAUGUAAUUCAGUCGACAACUGAAAUCGACUCUGCAGGUGGCACAGGACCUUCAUAUACUGCACAGUCAUCCACGCCAACUUCUACUACCACAUUCUCAACAAUAUCAUACUAUUCUCAAUCAUUAACUCGAUAUUUUUCCACUUCGUCAUCUCCCUCUUCUACUAUUGCAUCAGGUAUUUUUGGCGCUUCUCAAACAACUACUGCACAACCAACGACCUUCAACAGCAGCAACAUCAGCAGCUGUAAUAUUUCGAUGUUUGACAACGGCAGUAAUCGAACAUCAGUUAUUUAUCUAAAUGGUACACUUUAUUUCAAUACUACAAAAGGCAAUGAGAUUGAUCCUAAUAAGAUUAUGGAUGCAUUGAAAUCAUUCAAUCCACCUAUUGUUUUAGUUGAUAUAUGUGCAAAUAAAAGUUCUAGCGAAAGUAACUUUAAUCCCGCAUUGUCCAAAAUAGAGCCACUAUCUGAGGUAGUUGGUGAUACAUCAUUUUUAGCUAACGAUAAUACUAUUCCUACAUCAUUAUUAAAUGAAGCCAAUAAUGUUACUUUACCAACACUAAUCUGGACGGUGAGCAGCUUUUAA